GUUCUAAUCAACAACAACAAACAACAUGGCCAUCACAAUCAUAAUAAUAAAUAACCCAGAUUCAAGGUUAAAGAGCGAGAAGAAAAGAAGAGAAGUUUUGUUAAUGUUUUGGCCCUAGGGCCCCGAUCUUGCCGUGUAACAAAGAAAAAAUCGUGUAACUAACUAAGUGAUUAUUGUUUCGGGGGAUAAGUUAAUCUUUAAGAACCACAUUGUUUGUUGUUUUCUUAUUUUUGUUGCACUAGACGCAUUAAGUGUAUAGGCCUAGGCCUAUACAACAUGUGGAUGUAAUUUUCGUAGGCUAUGCUCGUACUGUGAGUGAGUAACUUAUAGUUACCUACUUAAAGAUAAAUACAUAGGUAGGGUCUUGCUCUCGUUUGAACAAUUAUAGCCUAAUUGGACCUUUAGCAGUUCAACUUUUAAUGGCUACAGAAAUUUUAUGUAGAAGAGCAAAACAAUGGCUGAGCCCAGACAUUUGGGGUUAUGGAUACAUGAGAUCUGUUUGUCGUCAUAUGACAUCUGGGGAGGUUUCUACUGCACUUCGCCCAUUUUACUUCACAGUUCAUCCUGAUUUAUUUGGUCAAUUUCCUCAAGAAAGGGCAGUCAACGAAAAUUCAUUGAAAACUCUGAGCUCAGUGCUGGAAUCUCUUCAACAGAAAAAGCCUCAGAGACCUGUGACGUUACGGUUUUAUCUGAAGCCUCAAGGUGUCGCCACAUCACGAGAAAGCUUGAAAUCUGUUAAUAUUAGUCUGAAAGAACAAGAUCUAUCAAAAACUCUCACUGUGAUAUUGUCAACAUGCAAUCUCCCUACGACUUAUGUUGAUAAAAUUGCAUCAAAGUCCCCCGAGACAACUCGACCAUCGUUUAGAGAUCAGGUUUACCACUAUACUCAGAGGACAAACAAAAAAUACAAUGAGUAUGACUACACGGAUAACAGCAGGAUCAAAAGGCCUGAACGAAAACCGAAACCUCCAAAGGAAUUUCAGACAUUGACUGGUUGGCUGGAUGAGAAUGAAGCGGAGGCCAGGGAAAAACUUGCCUCAGUAGGGCCGGUCCGUGAGGAAGUGUCUAAACUUCAGGAUCAGGCGUGCAGCUCUCUCGGACUGGCCGAUGUUACGAGUGACUGUGGUUGGAAUAUUGCUCAUUUCCGAGGCUGUCUUAUGAGCUUCCUAUCCUUGGCACAGCAGCACCCUGAACACAUGGCCGUGCUCAAAGGCCGGUCGCUGGUGUUCAGCCGAGACACGGGAGUCAGUAUGAAGGGACAAGUGUUGCUCAACAGCGGAGAAGUGCGGCAACAUUGGCUGGACUUUAUUAAGAAUCUCCCAAAAGAAGACAAAGUUUUGCUUCGUCUGCCAGCUUUUGAGAAAGCAGCUUCAAGAGUUUUACGGGAUAUCAGAGUAGUUCGAAGGAAAUACCAGCCGAAAACAAUGGCAGCAGAAUAUGAGAAAAACUUGAACAGGUUGACAACGUCUCUGGGUGAUCACCAAGGUAGAAGAGGCUUCCCGAAAACUUGGCCGGACUCUUUGGAGAACUUCGAACUUGUUGUUGAAACCGAGGCGGGGCCGUUGAUGGUAUCACCGACUGGUCAGUUCAUCGUGCCAGCCUCCUGUCCUUCGUUCCUAUUGGUAAACUUUAUCUCCGAAAACUUGGACAACGCUUCUCGCCUAUUGCAUCAUUAUAGAUCCCAUAAACACAUUGAAAAAGAACUUCAUAAACAAUGCUUAGCGGAACUCAAACUGGAGGCCUUAAACAAAGACGACUGUGUUACACCUGAUUUAAUGACAAGCUGUCUGCAACGUCUGCUGGAACAUCGAGAUGAGCUGUCUUCACUUAGGCAAAACAGGCUUUAUAUAACCAACUACUAUUCUGUGAUGAGCGACGGCCAAAUCUGUAUACCGUGGGAUUUCAAGUUGUAAACUUAUUGUGGUAGACAACUUUGUAACUUUAGUUACUAUUCUAGUCUAGCACAAGUUGUGAUGGGAAACCUUCCCCAAAUUAUAUGUUAUUGUAGAGAGCUUUGAAUCAAGUAUUAAAGUAGAUUUUAGGUAAAUUCGUAAUGAACAAAUUACACAACUAUUGCCAGAGUAUAUUUUAAUCGUAUGUAAAAGAUUGUGAUUGAUAGCUUUUGUUUUAACAUGUAAGUAUUUUACUCGCAGAUAAAUAAUGCUAAAGUAAUAUAAACAAAAAAAACAAUAAGUAAUAUAAACAGUAAAAUUAUUAUGCAAGGUAUGAAACACACAAAAAUAUCUGUCAUGGCAACUAGCACAUUGAGACCUGUAACUGUUAUAGAAGUUUACCUUUCAUCAAGUGUUGGGGGGGCAUAAUGUAUUUCAUAGCUACGGCCUAAAGUGAUUCCUUUUUACAUGAUAAGUGAAACAAAUGAGGUUUGAUUUUGAUCUAGAGUUGAAAAUACCUUUUUCAUCACUCUGUACUCAAAAAUAGCCCAUUUCCAUACAGCUGAGAUCUUCAAAAAUGUCCAUACACCAAAAACAAAUAGUAAGUUUGAUGAAGUAGUAUUUUUAUUGUGAUAAAAAGUAUUGUUCAAUACUCGUCACGAAAGUCCCAUUUUGAAAUUGGUCACUUUCGUGACUAGGAGUGAAAAUACUAUUUCAUUACCAAAUUUAUUGUCAUACCCAAUCUUUAAGCUAAAUAACUCACAAAACAUAAAUUUAGUUAAAAGCCCAUUAGAGACACUGUAAUAAAACUUGUUACACAUUUAAAGUUUUUGUUAUUUUAAUUUUCUUUUAACUAUUUUUAAGAAAUUUUACUUGUUAAAUUUAAAAAUGGCUGCCUUUUAAAAUAGUCAAAGUCAAAUUCCAUGAAAACGAGUAAUUGAAUCAAAAUUACACUGGAUACCAUACCAAAAAUGAUUUAAAAUCCAAACCCAACAUGACACUUGGUUAAAAUUGUUAAUAAAAAAAAGUCUUAUCCACAAGUUGACUUUUUCUACUUGGGAAUUUUAGAUGUUCAGUUUUUUGGAAUUUUCUCUGUAACUUUUAAUUUUACAACAACGCUUUAAUAUUCAAAAUUAUGUGUUCUUUAAGCUCUACACAAUGGUUUCAAUGAAAUUUGGCAAAUUUUUUUAGUAACAAUAAAGAAUAAAAUAUUUGAACGAUUUUUAAACCCUAUAACAAAAACAACCAGUUUGCUGAUCUUCCAUCUCAUUCAGGUGUAUCCCCAGUCUCACACGUCGUUUUUAAAUUUCAAAAUCGCUCGAGUUUUGAUAUUUACAGACACAAUCACAUAAUAUACAUGUACCUACGGUAAUAGCCGCUUUCAUUUAACAUUUUUCUUACAAAAAUUGUUUCCGAUUAACAAAAAUGAUCAAUGAGAACAAGUUUUAGUUGAUGAUUUUGUUGGUUAAAACUAAGCCACAUUUACACGAGUCCAGUAGGCAGGUAGGUUACAUUCCUCUAGUGCAUUUCAAGUUACUUGAGGCAAGGGCAGGUUACCUGCCUCAUGUAACUUGAAAUACACUAGAGAAAAGUAGGCCUAGCCUGCCUGGCUUCUUGUAAACACAACUUUAAGGGGGAAAAUUGUUGUGAAUAUUGCCAUGGACAAAAUAAUCACAUUACAACAAGCACUUAAUUUGUGCAUGCAAAAUUUAUCAAGUUUUUGUUGAAGUAUUGUAUAUUCAAGUUGAUUUUAUUGGUUUUGUGUAGGAAUAUAUUUGUUCAGCAGAUCUGUCUCUUAAAAAUAAUACAACUGUUCAUGAGCUUUGUGUGAAUGGACUUUUUAUGUGAUAUUAAAGAUAUGUAUUUA